CCCACGUCCUAUAAGCAGCCAAGGCGGGCUCCAUAGUUACCGCUCAAGAACACGAUGGAUAAACACCCCUCCUUCCUCCUCCUCUUCUUCCUUAUCCUCUCCCAAGCAGCUUUCCCAACAGCAGUCACCGAUCUCCGUUCCGCCUACAUCAUCCACGUCUCCCCUUCCCUCCAACCGUCAACCUCCCCGACACCAUUCCACUGGUACUCUUCCACCCUCCGCUCCCUCCCCCGCCACCUACGGCACCCAAUUGGCCGCAUCAUCUACACCUACGAUCGUGUUAUCGUCGGAUUCGCUGCCAUUCUUACAGAUCCCCAAGCUGCCGCUCUUCGCCUCAUCCCUCACAUUCUCGCCGUCAUCCCUGACAGCCCCAGCUUCCCCCACAUCACACACACACCCUCCUUCCUCCACCUCUCCCCUUCCUCUGGCCUCUGGCCCCAAUCCUCCUUCGCCUCCUCAAUCGUCAUCGCCGUCCUAGACACUGGCAUCUACCCCUACUCCAGCUCUUUCAUUGACCCCGACCUCUCCGAUCCUCCUACCACCUUCCACACCUCUUGCGACUUCCACAACUCCUCCGCCUGCAGCAACAAGCUCGUCGGCGCUAAGUUCUACUACAAGGGUUACGAGGCCUACCUCCGCCAUCCCAUUGAUGAGACGCUGGAAUCCAAAUCACCAUUGGAUACUAAGGGCCAUGGCACACACACCGCCUCCACCGCAGCUGGCGCUGUCGUCUCCGGAGCUAGCUUCCUCGGCUACGCCGAGGGCGAAGCCCGAGGUAUCGCCACUAAAGCCCGCAUCGCCGUCUACAAGAUAUGCUGGGCCGGAGGCUGCUUUCAAUCUGAUAUCCUCGCUGCAAUGGACGACGCCGUUUCAGACGGCGCCAACGUCAUCUCCUUCUCCGUCGGCUCGAAGGGCUACCCCAAAGAUUACUUCCGUGACACCAUCGCCAUCGGUGCGUUUGGCGCCGCCCUCCAUGGCGUAAUCGUCUCCUGCUCCGCAGGGAACUCGGGCCCUGGUGAUUACACCGUCGGUAACGUUGCCCCAUGGAUUAUAACGGUAGGGGCUUCCACCGUUGACCGUAAUUUUCCUGCUGAUGUUGUCCUCGGCGAUGGGAGCAUUUACAAUGGCGUUUCCCUUUAUGCUGGAUCCGACAAUAUCACAACUGCCAACCUCCCUUUGGUCUACGGCGGUGAUGCUGGUUCCGCCCAAUGCGUCUCCGGACUUCUCGAUUCCUCAAUUGUCGCCGACAAGAUCGUUCUCUGCGACCGCGGUAAGAACGGCCGAAUUGAGAAGGGAAGAGUCGUAAAGCUCGCAGGCGGAGCCGGCAUGAUUGUUGCGAACACAGAAGAGAAUGGAGAAGAUUUGACCGCUGACCCGCAUCUGAUUCCAGCAACCAUGGUCGGGGCAUCCGCGGGCAACAAGAUCCGAGCAUACAUCAGAUCGGACUCCUCGCCCACUGCUACCAUUGUCUUCCAUGGGACCUUCAUUGGUGGGGACCCACCGGCACCAAAGGUGGCAUCUUUCUCCAGUCGGGGACCUAACUAUCGGACCCCGGAGAUCCUGAAACCAGAUGUGAUCGCCCCCGGCGUCAACAUCCUCGCCGCAUGGACUAGAGCUGCGAGCCCGACAAACCUCGAUGAUAUUGAUUCGAGGAGGGUCGAUUUCAACAUCAUCUCCGGCACUUCAAUGGCUUGCCCUCAUGUCAGCGGCAUCGCUGCACUUCUACGCGGUGUCUAUCCAGACUGGAGCACAGCUGCCAUCAAGUCUGCUAUCAUGACCACCGCCUACAACCUCGACGACACCGGCGGGGACUUUAACGAUCUCGCCACAGGCAAGAAGUCAAACCCUUUCAUUCACGGGGCGGGUCAUGUGGACCCCAACAAGGCUCUCGACCCAGGCUUGGUUUAUGAUGCCGGCAUUGAUGACUAUCUCGCCUUCCUCUGUUCUAUUCAUUACAGUAAAGCACAGAUUUCGCUCUUUACUAGGGAUGGUAGCAGCGUGGACUGCUCAUCAAAAACAUUGGCAAAUCCCGGAGAUUUAAACUAUCCGUCAUUCUCCGUUAUCUUCUCUAGUUUGCACGACGUGGUUACUUAUAAAAGAACCGUUAAGAACGUUGGUGGUUUGGGAUGCGGAGAUUUGGGCUGCAGAGUGUAUAAUGUAGAGAUCUCGAGCCCGCCGGAAGUUGAUGUAAAGGUUUCACCAAGCAAGCUGGUGUUCGAUUCUGUAAACCAGAGUUUAUCCUAUGAGAUCACAUUUGCUUCCAUUAAAAGCACUGCGACUUCUCGACAGUUUGGAUGGAUUUCUUGGAGUGAUGGAGUUCAUAAGGUGAGGAGCCCCAUUGCCGUUAUUUGGCAGCAGCAGCACAGCCAGGUUUCCACCAUGUAAGCGUCAGAGCUAGCUGAUUUCUCUUGUUUCCAUUUUUGGAGAUGGGAGAACAGAUCAUCGAUAUGUUUUGUUGCUAUGUAUUGUCUUUAAUACUACUUUAAGGGAGCUAGUGCUCUUCCAGUUAUUAAUUGAGGAGCUAUAUACCUCAUUUAUGUAAUAUGAAUAAAUUGGGCAUGUCGCCCAUGGAAGAACCAAACCUGAGAAGGAGAGAGACGAGCUGUAGCAGUUUAUUGGUUGAGCACCUAGAUCGACGUAUAUAUUGUGUGUAUCUGUAUUAUAUUUGAUGUAUAUUAUGUUUUGAUAAUGUAUUUUAUUUUGUUUGGAUAUUAGCACUGAAA